AUGAAUUUCGAUGACUACAAUGCAGCAUAUGGUGAAGCGCAAGGAUUACUUGCUGGAUAUUGUGGAUCACUGGCAAUUGAUUGUAAUUUGUUUCCGAUUAGUUUUGAGAAGUGGUCAGGGCCAUCGGGCAUGCCUAAGAAGUACAUGGAAGACUGCUUUGAAACAAUAUUGAAGCCUCGAUUUGAUUUUCAUGUAAGUGAUUCCAUUGCAUAUAGCUAUCACAAUGCUAGUCUUUCGAAGAAGUGGGAUACACCUAGGCAGAAGUUGUGGAAUGAAUAUUUUGACCUAGCCAAAAGCAAAAAUAAAAUUAUAAGUGAUGUGCCAGCAGGUAUAAGUAAAGAUCAAUGGGCUAUUUUUGUUGCUUAUCGUCAAAAAUCAUCAACAAUGUUUUUGGAAACUGAAAAAACUCCUAGUCGUGGAAAAAUGUUUAUUGAAACUCAUAAGAAAGCUAAUCGAUCAUUUGUAAAUGAUACGGCAAGGUCUAUAGGGGAACAAAUUGAAUUGAAUAUGACUCAAUGUGAUACUAAUGAGUGUGAAGUUUCCCCAAAUGAUGUUAUUGGCAAGAUGUUAGGGGAAGAGCACUCUGGGAGAGUACGAUGUAUGGGUAUGAGAGCAUCUCCUUCGAACACAUUCAGGAAUACGAAAGGACGACUUAGUGAUCCGAGUGUUUCUUCAUCUAGCAAUGGUACAUCAUCUGCAAUGUAUACCCAUUUGCAACAAAAGCUUAUGCGUGUGGAAUCCCAACUAGAGGCACCUUAA